UUUGGAACAUUGGAUUCAUCGAGCGAUAGCAUUUUCUAUAGUGAUCCUCGUUUCGUGGAGCAUGUAGAUGAUCAGGCGGUUGGGAUACUCACAUCCUACGUUUCACAAACAGUUGCACAUAUUCCCGACGCGGCCGUCCUCGAUCUCUGCUCCAGCUGGACCAGUCAUUUGGAACCCAAAGUAUCUUGUGCACGAGUCGCCGGUCUGGGCAUGAAUGCCAAAGAACUACAAGCCAACGCAGUCCUUACCGAAUGGACCGUCCAGGAUUUGAACAAGAAUGCAAACCUACCCUACGCAUCGGGAUCCUUCGAUACCAUCUUUUGCCAAUUGAGUAUCGACUACUUGCGCCAGCCACUGGAAGUGUGCCGAGAAAUAGGUCGUGUAUUGAAAUCCGGUGGAACCGCUCACGUUUUGUUUUCCAAUCGCUUGUUUUUAAGCAAGGCUGUUGGUAUUUGGACGGGUGCCGAUGACAUUGAUCAUGCGUUCACGGUAGGAGCCUACUUUCAUUUCUGCCGAGACGGUCUCUUUCGAGACAUUCAAGCCAAAGACUUGUCGGUACGGAAAGGGCGAAACCAAAGAAUAUCAGGUGAUCCUCUCUACGUUGUAACUGCUACCAGAAUAUAG